CAAACUUCCUCCAAAUGUUUCCGAUGAGCCAGCUCCUAACUUGGCAGAACCAAAAGAUACCCCUUUUACUACAGCUGAACUUGCACAGUACGAUGGAUCAGAUGCGAAUCGUCAGAUAUACGUUGCGGUUAAAGGCACAGUAUUUGAUGUAACAGAAAAACGUGCUCUUUAUGGAGUUGGCGGUUCCUAUCAUGCAUUUGCUGGGAAAGAUGCUUCAAAGGGUCUUGCAACGGGUUCAAUGACCGACGUAGUUGGUGAUUAUAGUUCUUUAGAUGAAUCUCAGCUUAAAACUCUUAAUGAGUGGUAUGAUUAUUUUGCAAGAAAAUACAAUAUUGUAGGGAAAGUUACUUCUUAA